AUGGAUGCCGCCGCCGUCUUCCGCCAUGGCCUGGGCAACAUGAACAUGAUGGCGCGAAACCCCCCGUACCAUCACCAUCCUCCGCCGCCCCUUCCGCCUCAGAACUACCACCAGGCCCUGCGCCGUCCGCCUCCGAGUCGUGGCGAUGAUAACGAGAGCGAUGGUCCCUCAAACCGCAUUGCCCAUACCCUCACGGCCUGCUGUCGCUGCCGCCAGCGCAAGACGAGAUGUGAUCCAACCUUGCCCCGGUGCCUGCCUUGCGAGCGCGCCGGCUCCAUCUGCGAAUACUUCGACACCUCCAAAGGAAAGAAGAUCAAUCGCAACUAUGUCAUCAAGCUGCAGGAGAAGGUACGCGCCCUCGAGGCCGAGCUGCGCCAGUACACCGACGAAGACGUUGAAUUCUCCCACAUCGACGAGGACAUGGUGCGCCCCGGAGGCUUGGUCAAACUGGGCGACACCGACGAGACACCCCGCUACCUGGGUCCCAGCAGUGGCAUCGCCAUGACACGCCUGCUCGUACAGGGCGCGAAGCUGUUUACCGACUCGAAGCGAAUAUCCGAGCUGAUUCCAGAAGUCCGCGCAAGGCGCAUGACGCGCAUGCAGUCCAUUGUCAUGACGAGGGACCGCAAGAAGAGCUACCCCAUGAUCAGCGCACAUCCCGCCAACACCCUGCCGACGAGGCCCAUUGCGAAUAAGCUUGUAGACGUCUUCUGCCAACGAUCGCAGGUUUUCUGGCCCACAUUACACGAGAAGCAGUUCCUAGACGACCUCGAAGCUGUAUUUGCCGGAGACCAGGAUCCCUAUAAGAACUUGAUUGUCCGCAUGGUGUUUGCCAUUAGUCUUCAGAAAUUGGACCCGCAGUACGCAGGUCUUGCCGACAGUUACUACCUUGCUGCCAUGGAGCACUUCGAGGCUGUCGUUCGUCCAAAAGACUUGAAGUCGCUGCAAGCUCUGGCGCUCAUCGGCCAGUACUCCUUAUUGACUCCGACGAGGACUGCGGUAUACUACAUGGUGGGCCUGGCCACUCGCAUCUGCCAAGCAGAGGGUCUCACCGACGAGAAGACCAUUUCCCAAGGCUACUCGCUGGAUCCACUGACCCUCGACAUGCGCCGUCGCCUGGCGUACAUAAUAACAUCCAUGGAGGCAGGACUGGCGCACAGCAUGGGUCGUCCGAACGGGUUCUCCAAGGCUGAUGACAGGAUGGACGUCCAGCCCUUUGCGACUGUUGACGACGAGUACAUCACGGCUGAAGGCGUUCUUCAAGGCCCGACGAGCGAGAACAAGCUGGUUGCGCUGCACUUUUUCAAGAUGCGCAUGGAACAAGCCGAGAUCAGAAGGGUGUUGUACGAAAAGAAACGAGACGAGCCAAAGGACGAGAGUCACCCUUGGUUUGCAAAGAUGGAAAGAGAAAUCCAGAACUGGAUCGAUUCUUCGCCUCAGAGUCCAUCUUGGUGCCGGCCAUGGUUUACCGGAAGAUACCACCAGAUGCGCAUCUUUCUCUACCGACCGUCUCCGCAAGUACCGAGGCCAUCUGCCCGCGCUGCAUCAAUAUGCUUUGAGGGUGCUGCGUACAUCAUCAAUCUGUCGAAGCAGCAGAUGGAAAAGGCCGCCGUCGACAUCACCUGGGUAUUCCUUCUGAACCUUUACAUGUCUCUCAACACGCUGCUGUGGACUAUUUCAUACCCCGAAAUCAGACAAGCCCACUCGCGCGAGGAAGUCGAGGAUCUAGGGGACCAAACACUUGACAUCCUCGAGCAGUGCACAGAACGCUGGCCCGGAACCGCUCAAGCCGUCCAGCUGUACUCCAUCUUCGCCAAAGCGUGCUUGCAGAGCUACGAAGCCAGAGAUACCCCCAUCCUACAACCCUCAAGCACUUUCACAACACCCCCGUCGCUGUUUGACAGCAACUCGCCCCAGGGUUCAGAAAACUCGGCGUCAACCGCGCCAACGGCCGCACCUACGUUCAAAGUCAACCAACCCCAUAACCCGCCGCAGUUUGGCUUUGUGUUCGACGCAACCCCUGAAUCCAUGAACACGUACCAAUGGGACAACAGCUUCCCGCCACCUCAGCCGACCUUCCGCUCCAACUCAAUCUGGGGCAACCCGUCCGCUGAUGCCAUGGGUCGUCGUUUCUCGGCUUACCCCCCUGAAUCACCAUGUGAUGGGUUGGAUGAUGCAACCCCACCGGCGACGACCACGCCUGGUUACAACUCCUCUUCGCCGCCGAGCACCAUUGGGAAUGCGCUCCCUACGCCGCCAGAGUCUCUCGGUCCUGCGAGCCAUCAGAUCGGAACACCUUCAAACUCAAGCUCCACGGUCUCGCCCCCAGCAAUGGGCACGCCGGCGAUGGGAACCCCCGCCAUGUCACACUCCUCUCCCCUUAUCCUCCAGCAAGGCACGCCGACCAUGAUGGGGCACAGCACAAACAUGUCUCCGCCGCCUCUGCCGCACCACGGACAGCACUCUAGAGGCUCGGCUUUCGGCGUCCCGCCAACCUCCAACCAAGCUCCGCCCCAAAGGCCGCUGCCGACCUAUAACCCAGUCAAUGACUGGUUCAACCCGCCGCCGCCCUUCAUCAACCCCGACGCCUUCAGCUCGAUGAGCAACAGCUUCUUCGGCGACUCCCUCCAGGUCAACGGUUUCAACGGCCAGAACCCGGGGCUCGGCCUCGAUCAGUUCGGUGGCGGCCAGCCCUUCAACUGGUCCCAGGAGCGACAGGGCAGUCUCAGCCAGGAACAGCAAAUGGAGCUGAUGAACGUGCUGGAGAACGAAGGCAUGAGCGACAUUGACGCCCUCCUGAACAUGGGCAUGAGCGGCACCGCCGGUCCCGCCGGCGGCUGGCCUCAGGCGUGA